AUGCCCCCGCGCACCUCCUUGACGAGCUCCUUCUCUGUGUCGGAUGCCAACAACGAGGUGGUGUGCCCGCUGACGAACAAUGAUGGCUCCAAUUGUCGCAAGCGAUGCUUGGGGGAAAAACGCUACCGGUCCAUGCAGGAGCACAUCCGCAGGGCGCACCCGAGCCACUACAUACCGAAGCUCCCCGCAACCGAGGAGAGCUUCCUGCUGAUGGUCAAUACCCCGCUGGACCAGCGCGCUCAUCUCGCCUCGCUGCCCACCCCAUCCCCCGCCAAGAAGCACGAUGCAAGCCCUCCCGUCACGCCGCGCACUAUCGACGAGGCCCACCCGGCCGCUGCCACCGCUGCCGUCGCUUUAGCUCAAUUGCAUCACCACCGACUGGCUUCGGACUGGGACGAAAUGGUGGGUGAUUCUGGCAGACAAAAUAACCAUCGCAGCACUGAUGGACCGCAACAGGACACACACUCGGACAAUGAGAUCGGACACCGCAUGCGCUCGUCCAUUGAAUUGCCCCCGCUCAGAGACCACUUCAAGCAGGAGCCUCUGCCGCCAUUCCAGACUUCACGGCCCCGCGAACUGCUGCCGUCCAUAUUAAACCAUUCUCCGCCGGGCCGCUCAUCUACGCUGCCGCCAUUACAGCGCAACAACAGCAACAAGAUUCAGCGGCCGCGCAAAUCGUCCAUAACUCAGAAUGCGCGGAAGCCCAAGCACGAGCGCACCCGCUCCAAGGAAUUUGCACGACGGCCUAGUCUCGGCGACCGGAAAGCACUAUCGGCCGAGCCACAGACGGCUGCGUGGGUGCAAGGAAAGCGGUGGGAAGAUUUAAUUGAAGCUGCGACGUCUGCGACUGAGGUCGACGAAGACCGGGACACGACUCCGGUCAGUUUUCUUUCUCUACCUUUCCCCCCUCCCAAUAUGCAAGCUAAGUAA